AUGCGGAUCCUCAACAGUCUCAUUAGACGGAAGACCGCACCAGAAACACCGUGCAUGCAUGAAGACGCUUGCAUAUUUUUGGCCGGCCUACCAGCCGCGUUUGAUGAAGUGGCGAGGACACCCGUUGGCCAUGAAGACGCGCCAGAGGUAACGCAGUUCCGGCUUUUGUUCUGCGGCUCGUUGUAGUGUCCCUGCCCUUCUGCAGUGUUCGCACUCCGUUGCGUUUUGCGGCUUAAGGGGUGCUUACUUUGGUAGCUAGGGGUUUUGCGUGUAUUAGAAACCUUCCUAUAGACCAUCGUUUUGUAUGUCCAUUGGAUUUUCGAUGCAGGAGGACGUCAAGGAACGGCUGUUGGUUGUUGAUUUCCGCCACCGUUGUAAACUGGAUGUCAGAGAAAUUUGAGUCCAUGACAUCGUGGAAUUUUUGGACCGACUUCUGAAGAAAUUCAAAAGCCCCAUUGAGCGAAGAUUUGAGGUCCAGUUAAAUUAUAUCGUUCGUCCUCCUCAAAUGAAGACAAGGAAUAAGGGGGCAAUUUUUCGGAUUUCACUGUGCUUGUGUUGACGUUUGGGAAACUUCCUGAUUUCCAUUAUCAGAGUAAUGGGGGUGUCAGUUCAUGCUGGUCUAGAACUGUUCUGUCUCGCCGCCUGUCCCGUGUCACAGGCAUGCCUUACGCACAAACUCUGACCUGCCUUCUGGCUGAGGUUUGUCUUUGGUCUCCCCGUGGGCGAUUGCUGGCGCACUCGUGUGACCUCUUUCCCCCGCGGUCGCGGGAUCGAAUGCCAGGUGUUGCACGCCUCGGAUUGACGGCGGCCAAUAAGCCAAAAAUGGCCAUGUGUAUACGUAUAAAUUAGGAAGACGGAAUUCGUUGGGAAACAGUAAACUUCAUUGUGCGAAUUUUUGAGACUGGUUCCCCAGCUCGUCUUGAGACAACGGGCGUGCAAAAACAAUUAGCUUCUAGACCGAGUCUGGCAAAAGGAUUCUAUGAUUGUUAAAGUCAUCUUCUUUGGAUUCGGAUGAGUCAGUUUGAAUCUGUCCUUAACGAUUUUGUAUGUGGCAUCUAGAUCGAUAUGCCGGUUGAUGCAUGUCUCAUCUGAGUGCAUUGCCUCCAGGAAUUCGCGGCCUUUCCUUGUUGGUCAGGCACCAACAAUGCGAGUGUUCUCCCAUGCAAGUUUGUGCCAAGUGUCUACUGUGUGCAUGACCACCUGAGAUAGAUGGUCGCGUCUCUUUACCGCAAACUGUUGUUCUUGUAUAGAGGUCGAGCCAGAUUUCCCAGUUUGGCCACAAUAGACGGCAUCAGAACUAGAACAUGGGAUUUUGUAGACAACACCUUUUCUUUCAAGGUAGCUAACCGUGUCCUUAGGGUGUACAAGCUGUGUGCGUAAGGUAGUUGCCGGCUGUCGAGCUACGUGUAUCUGGCACUUUUUUAAUUGUCUUUUGACUAGAAGAAGAAGAUGAAGAAGGGAAAGAAAAGGAAGACGAGGAGGAAGAAGAAGAAGAAAAAGUAGAUGGGAAGGCUAUCGCGGAACCAAUUGUUUAUUCCUUCGACGUUUCGAACUCUUGUGUUAGCUUAUCGAGAAAUAACGGAAAAGACCGUAUAACUCAUUGCAUAUAUAGCUUAUCUCUGCCGGGGGUGGCCUUCAACCGCGUAGAAGAGGCUUAUUGUUAAGAAAACUUAGAAUACGAGAGGUAUUCGUCGUCUUCCUGAAAACCGUUAUUUUUAGCUUCUUAUCGCCUUUUCUCUGAACUACUAUGUCGAGAAACGGCAACUGGCAAUCUUCUUCUUCCUCCAUCGUGACCUGGAUAUCUGGGAAGAUCAGAUUUAGAUAUUCCCUAAUACUGUCCUGAUUGGUGAUAACAAAUGUGUCAUCAACAUACCGUACACCCAGUCGUGGUCGAUAGCUGUCAAAAGCCUGCGCUGUAACACUGUCUCAACGAUCAAGCUGGAUAACGACAGCCCCACUGGUGUACCUUUAACUUGUUUGUAAGCAUCUCCAUGGAAGGCAAAGAAGGUCUUCCAGCAGCGCUUCAGUAGACCAAUAAGGUGUUUCAUCUUGAGUUUUUUGUCCGUCUCGUUAUAAUGUUCUUCUAGCAAGAUUUGUAUGGUUUCAAUCGCGAUAUGCUGACAGAUGGUCAGGGCGUACUCCCGACGUAGGUAUUAGCUAAAAUUAUACUACUAGUAGUGCUACUUGUUCAUAGGGUGGGCACUACAUGAUUAUUCCGCAGUAAUUGAUUGUCCUCGACUUAAAUGUCUGUUGAACUUUCGGUUCUGACCCUAAAAAGUCAUGUCCCGGGAAGUUAACUCCAUGUCCUGCACUCAAUAAUACCUGAAAUUAUUACCUUGAUAUGUAUAUUUACAUGCAUAUCAGUCAAUAGAUACAUGCAAACUGAUGAAACUAUGCUAGAGGCAGUAGCGACAAACUAGAUAAUAAAUGCCGUUAUCUUUUUUUUCCUUCCAAAAGGCAGAAGCAAGCAAUCGCAGCGUGAUCUACCCACAAUGGCGAAGGGUUUGGGCUGAACACAGCUAG